AUGGACGAGCUCCCGAUCGACUCGGAAAAGCCCGAGACCGAUUCCCAGCCGGGCACCGGAUCGGUCAGCAGACAAGAGUCUAUCGCGGAGCCUAACAUGUCUCGUAUACGCUCAUCUCUCGCCCGUGCGCGAUCAAAUAAUGGACACGGGUGCGCCGACUUAGAAGAAGGCGACGCGACUGAUGACACACUUACACCUGCCCAGCGUCAUAUUGAAAAAGAUCCCUUCGAGGUAUCUUGGGACGGCGAUGACGAUCCCUUGUGUCCUCGGAGCAUGACCACAGUCCGCAAAUGGCUUGCUGUAAUAACUGUUGGCAUGGGAAGUCUUUGCGUGACCUGUACGAGUUCUAUUUACGCGUCGACGUACAAUCAGAUGAAUCCGGAGUUCCACGUAUCGAGUAUUGUUGGCACCCUUGGGCUAUCGCUUUUUGUCCUCGGUAUUGCCCUUGGUCCCCUUCUCAUGAGCCCACUGAGUGAGUUUAUCGGAAGGCGGCCGAUUUAUAUUGCCUCGUGGGCCAUGUUUCUGAUAUGGUUAAUACCAAGUGCCGUAGCACGUAACAUCGCGACAAUGCUAGUGGCACGAUUUAUCGACGGUUUCGCCGGAAGCUCAUUCCUCAGCGUCGCCGGUGGCACAGUUAGCGAUAUGUUCAGACGAGACCAGAUCCAGGCGCCAAUGGUUAUUGUAUCUUUAAGCCCCUUUAUCGGUCCUAGCUUAGGUCCUCUACUCGGUGGAUUUAUCAACUACAACACAACUUGGAGGUGGACGUACUACAGAGUGAGUGUUAACCAUAAUUUAGACCCCAUCAGGCUCCGAGAGAAAGCUAGAAAACUAAGAAAAGAGACCGGUGACGACCGAUGGAAAUCACCGAUGGAAAAAUCGACCAAGUCCGUGGCGGUGACCAUUGGACAUUCCCUCCUACGACCAUUUGAGUUGCUGAUAUUCGAGCCAAUGUGUCUAUUGCUCUGCCUGUUCUCUGCUAUUUUGUUGGGAGUCCUAUACCUGUUCUUCGGAGCAUUCCCCCUAGUCUUUGGUAAUACUUACGGUUUCAAUCUCUGGCAAACCGGUCUAAGCUUCCUCGGAAUCUUUAUCGGAAUGAUCGUCGCCGCUGCAACUGACCCCAUAUGGCGGCGCAUUAACGAGCGGCUUUUAGAGCAAAAUGACGGUAUACCGGAACCUGAAUUCCGACUGCCACCAGCAAUUGCAGGUGCUGUCGCGGUUCCUAUUGGGCUUUUCAUAUUUGCUUGGACCGCAUAUCCUUGGGUUCAUUGGAUGGUACCUAUCAUUGGAUCUGCUAUAUUCGGUUCCGGUACACUCUUGGUGUUUACCGGAAUAUUCACCUUCCUCGUGGAUGCGUACCCGCUCUACGCUGCUUCGGCCCUUGCUGCUAACAGCUUCGCUAGGUGUACUUUCGCUGCCGCAUUUCCCCUCUUCGGAAUACAGAUGUAUCAUAAACUUGGUUACCAAUGGGGGUCUAGCUUGUUAGCAUUCCUCACAGUGGCGAUGAUGCCUUUCCCGUACCUGUUUUUCCGAUAUGGAAAGCGAAUCCGAAAGACGAGCAGAUUUGCUAGGAGGUAA